AUGGAUGUGAAAUAUGCCAAAGCUAUUCAUGAAUCUACUUGCGUUAUCAAAAAUGCCGACCUCAAUGGGUUCAAUCCACAUAAAUUAUCAGAAUUUUCAUUAGAAUUCAUUCGUGCACUGAUCUGCUCCUACAAUUUUUACAAAAAAUCCACGAAUCCUCAAAGCCUAAAUCAAAGUGCUGAAUUGUUGAAGAUUAUUUCUGUAUUUCAACGUACCUUACUUAAUGAAACAUACUUGGGUGUACUAAAGGGAAUCGAUUUUCCACCAGAUUGCCUCGCUAAUCUUCUCGCUAAAUCUGCUAGCUUGGCCACAACUGCUGAAGAUAUUGAUCUUCUCCUUGCAUUUCAUGGCUGGAAAUUUGUUUCACAGCUUCUCGCGUCUUUUCAUGUUCAAAUUAAGGAAGCUUUUCUAGAAAACCUUUACAGUUGCAAUGGAACUCCAAUUUCAGAUGAAUUCAUUUCUUCGUUGUUGCUUUCUUGCAAACGGCUUUUUAUUAAAUGCAGCGCCGACUCUGAAAGUCAUGGUUUAGAGGAGAAUGGAGAACCGAAAUGGCGUGGCAAAUUAAAACUCAUUGCUUUUAUAUGUCGUCUUAUGGUCGGUUGCUUGCAACAAUUUCAAUCUGUUCUCUUUCUUACCACUGAGAAUUACACACACAGAAGGGUGAUCGACUUUAUAUCAUGGAUAAUCGAAGUGCAAUUUGCUGGAGGGCUUUUCAGCUCGGGCACAGGAUUAGAUGAGAAUUUUCUGAAGGAGGUUUCUACGUCCCUAUUUGUGGCCUCAGAAAUGAUCCUGAAGUGCAUCUGUCAGAUUGAAUCCGAUUCUGGACACGAGGCUUCAUCAGCUACCAAGGCUCUUGUUCUUACUAAUUUAACUCCCCUCGUCAAUUGUAGGAUUCUCUCGAAAGUCUUGGUCAACCUUUCUAAACGCCAUGAUCCAGCUGUCUUCAAACUAUGGUUGUCUGAGGAAUUUAAUGCCUAUGCAGAGUUCUUUACCAACCUGGAUGCAGCAUUUGCUGAUUGGAGACCUUAUGAAACUGUGUCGAAUGCGUCGGCCUUUCACGUUCCACGAUUCCUAAAUUUCAAAACUGAUCAAAAACACCUUUCCUCUGCUGUGGAACAAUUUCUUACAACGUUGACUGUCGAAAUAUCGAAAUCAGUUCGAAAUUUGCCCCAUGAAUUCUUUGGCUACUUGGAGACCGCACUUUUGGAAAGUGUACUGCAUGCAUCUUCAGUUGUCUCAAUUGUGGCCCAAGAUAUCUGGUGUUUCGUUGUUAGAUAUGGAAGUGCAGAGCUUUGCUGGCAAUAUGUGAUACUUCUGGGCAAUACGGUGCUCUGCUUAGCAGAAAAGUACCACUCCACUCCUCAAACAGGUCAUCCUCCGCUGGAACAGAUGUCUCGUCUUGGUGGUCUCCUCUCUCGAUUCCUCAUUUUUCUUACUGCUCGUCAACAAGUAAGAAGUCGGCUUUAUCAUUUUUGA